CGUCCACCUUGAUGAUACCCGCCCCCAACGAUGUUUAUGCCGACGCUCAGUCUGCCUAAUCAAGUCCUGAAUGAGACCAUUGGAGCGUUGUUAUUGAGUGCAAUCGUCGGUGGCAUUCUCCAGGGGGUUACCAGUUGCCAGACAAUCGUCUACUAUGUGAGAAGCCAGUCGGACCCAGUCAUUGUGAAGUCACUCGUUUUUCUCGUCUGGCUAUUGAACGCCCUCCACACCUUCCUGGUCACUGAUACUGUGUACACAUAUACCGUGCGUGGCCGCAGUGACCCAUUGGCAUUGGACAAACUACCUUGGAUGGCAUCGGUGAUAAUUCUAGGGAAUGUCAUUGGCGAUCUCGGAGUAAAAGGCAUAUUUUCAUACCGCGUAUGGAAGUUAAGUCGACAAUGGUAUCUGGGUGUCCUCAUUAUGACCGGUGCACUUGUGACAUUCGCGUUUGGGGUUUUCACGAUGAUCAGGUUGAUCAUUUCUCCCUAUUCUCAUCCAGACCCAGUGAGCACGUACGGGACGCUGAGCGCGCUGGCUGCCUCCGAUAUUCUCAUGUCGGUCAUCCUUGGAGUCGUGAUCUGGAAGCAUCGUUCAGUGUUCCCGAGCGUUAACCGGGUGUUGCGCAAGGUUGUCUUAUACAGCGCGGAGACGUCCUUAGUGACUAGCGUGGGAUCUUUCAUCGGAUUGCUCCUCUACGCCACGCUCCCUAACGCGCUUGUGUACAUGGCAGUGUUCUGGACACUGCCCUACCUCAUUCUCGGCUCUGUGUUAUUCGCGUUGAACGCCAGAGAGUCGCUGCGAGCGAAAAACACUGUUGGAACAUAUGAGGGUAUUGGGCAUGUCAUGGCCAUGGACUACAUCACCCGAAACUGGUUAUAUUGAGGAUCGAAAUAGGGCGUGAGGUGAUGAGCCGUCAGCG